UAUCAUCAUGGUCAUUAUCAGAUUUAUCACUCAUGCUAGUAAUAUGUUGACAGCCAUCUGGUUAUGAAGAUGUUGAUGCGUACAGAUCUCAAAUAAUAAAUGUUCUCCAGGAUAUUAUAGAAAUUAUUACUCAGGAUAUCAUGAUUCAUGGUCAUGAAAUCCUAGGAGCCCAUCCUACCACUAUAAAUGAUCAUAAUAGCAAGAAAGGGCAGAGGUUUGAAAAGAUAAAUUUUGGCCUUACACAAAACAAAUCUUGGAGGGAGAAGGUUGUUCGGCUUCAUUUGCUUUUGAUCACAAAGGAAUCUGCUAUAAAUGUACCUUCAAACUUGGAUGCUCGCCGCCGUAUCACUUUCUUUGCAAAUUCCUUAUUUAUGAACAUGCCAACAGCUCCAAAAGUUCGAGACAUGCUCUCCUUUAGUGUUCUGACUCCAUAUUACAAAGAAGAUGUUCUAUAUUCUGAUGAUGAUCUUCACAAGGAAAAUGAGGAUGGCAUAACAAUGUUGUUCUACCUUAAGACAAUAUAUCGUGAUGAAUGGAAAAAUUUUGAGGAACGAAUGAAUGAUUAUGAACUUAAUUACUCUGCGAAAGAAAAAGCAGAGUGUCUUCGUCAGUGGGUAUCCUACAGGGGGCAGACUCUUGCUAGAACAGUGAGGGGAAUGAUGUACUACAAGAAAGCUCUAGAAGUUCAAUGCUCCCUGGAAUUCACAGGUGACAAUGCAAGCCACACUAAGGAAUCAAGUGAAACCUAUCAGUUUCAUCAGAAGACUUUUCUUGAUCAUGCACAAGCUCUGGCUGAUUUGAAGUUUACUUAUGUUGUUUCAUGUCAAGUUUAUGGGACCCAGAAAAAAUCUGCUGAUGCUCGAGAUCGAAGUUGUUACAGUAAUAUUCUUAAUCUCAUGUUAACGUAUCCAUCACUACGAGUUGCUUACAUAGAUGAAAGAGAGGAGACAGUGAAUGGAAAAUCUGAGAAGGUUCACUACUCUGUUCUCGUCAAAGGAUGUGAUAAGUUGGAUGAGGAAAUUUACCGAAUCAAGCUCCCAGGUCCACCAACUGAAAUUGGUGAAGGGAAACCUGAAAAUCAAAAUCAUGCCAUUAUUUUCACUCGUGGAGAAGCCCUUCAGACUAUAGACAUGAAUCAGGAUAAUUACUUUGAAGAAGCUUUUAAAAUGAGAAAUGUGUUGGAAGAAUUUAUAAAAUCUCGUCGUGGGCCACGAAAACCUACAAUUUUAGGUCUAAGGGAGCACAUAUUUACUGGAAGUGUUUCAUCAUUAGCUUGGUUCAUGUCCAAUCAAGAAACCAGCUUUGUAACUAUUGGCCAACGUAUUUUGGCUAAUCCAUUGAGGAUCUUUUUGACGAAGCGGAUUAUUGUAGAGGGACGUGAGUCUGGUGGCCUUUAUCUUCUGAUGAACAAGUUUCGUUUAUCUCUGGGCUUGUGCUGGUGCGUCUAUCUCCUCUUAGGCUUCAUUGCCGUUUGGAAUGGUUAUUCCUCAAUCAAACAUCUUGUUGAUACUUCCUUCUCAAAAUGGGGUUGCCCAGAACGAAAAAAUCGACAUCUUUUCUUUGAGCGUUUGCUAGGGGUUGCUAGGGCACUUCUAUUCCAAAUAAAGGUCCCUAAACAUUUUUGGGCUGAUGCCGUCUCUACUGCAUGUUUUUUGAUUAAUUGCAUGCCUUCUUCUGUUCUUAAUGGUGAAAUUCCUUAUAAUGUCUUGUUUCUUUCGAAGCUUCUGUUUCCCAUUGAACCUCGUAUUUUUGGUUGUACUUGUGAUGUUCGUCCACAGGUUUCCAAAUUAGAUCCAAAGUCCCUUCGCUAUGUUUUCCUUGGGUAUUCUCGGCGUCAUUGGCAAUUUCAUAACUCUCAUGCUCCUGCUCCUAUUCCCGAACUUGUACCAGCUCCUGCACCAGCAUUUGCUCGCCCUCGUUUUGAACAUGUUUAUUCCAGGAGACGAGAAACUCUUGACUCACUUCCUGCACCUGCCGCUUCAACAGAAGAUCCGGUUCACUCCACUCAACCUGAGCCUGUGCCAUCCACUCCCCAGUCAGACCUUGACGUCCAGGACCUUGACCUUCCCAUUCGCUCUUCGAAAAGUUAUGAUCAUCUUUCUUCUUCAUCUCGUUGUUUUGUAAGUAACCUAAACUCUGUCUCUAUACCUAAAACUAUUGUCCAAGCUUUGUCUCAUCCUAGUUGGUGUGCAGCAAUGAAAGAGGAGAUGGCUGCCUUAGAUUCUAAUGGUACUUGGAAUCUUGUGCUUCUCCCGGCAGCUACUUUUGCAUGGCCUUUACAUCAGCUGGACAUUAAGAAGGCCUUUCUUCAUGGGGAUCUUCAGGAGAAAGUUUACAUGGAGCAACCACCAGGCUUUGUUGCUCAGGGGGAAUCGGGUAAAGUGUGUAAACUUCGAAAGUCUCUUUAUGGCCUAAAACAGAGUCCUCAAGCUUGGUUUGGUAAAUUUGGCAAUGUGGUACAUCAAUUUGGCAUGCAGAAGAGUACUUCUGAUCAUUCUGUAUUUUUCAGGAGUACUAAGACUGGUUUGAUUCUACUUGUGGUUUAUGUUGAUGACAUUGUUAUUACAAGGAGUGAUUCAUCCGACAUCACAUCACUCAAGUCAUUUCUCCAAACUCAAUUCCAGACAAAAGACUUAGAAUUGUAA